ACUGCACUUCAUUUUCUUAAUAUCAUCCAUUAUAAAUUCUUUAAGACUAAUAAAAGAGCUGCAAUAUCUAAGGGUAUGUAAGUGUGCAUUAAAAGGCACUAAAACAAAAGUUUUACUUCGCUUCCUGAAAGAUCCCAAUCCGUGUGAUUUUCUUAAGUCUAAAUGCAGGUGUGGGGGAGCUCUGAAAGUGCUGAUAAAUUUCAUACUAAGCCUUCACGUUCUUUUAUACUGCACAGGUGAUCAGUCUCUAGCCAUGUUCUCAGGGGCCUGUGCCUGGCCCAUUCAGCCCGGUAAGCUGUCUGCAUCUCUGCCAUCCUCCAAGCUGCAGAGUGAGCCUGCAGAGGACUGUUCAGUGCUUUUAGCAGCCUUUUCAGGUCACACUCAAGAGCUUUGUAUUUUUUCUGCUACAUCCCUCCCCAAAAUCUCACAGAGGCCCCUUAACCCUGCAGAUAAUUUUAGCUCUCUGCUCUGGCAGAGCCCCUGGCAGAGGAAGGUUUCUGCCAUCUGGUAGCCUGUCAUACCUGAAGGGCCCUUUGCCUGUGUUUGGAACGAGGAAUUAUUUUUGGUGCUGGUUCUGACGUUAGCCAUGGGUACUCCUGGAGGAUUUCCAAGUUUUGUAAUUGCCAUUGUAUCCUUGUUUUUUCCUCUUUUUUAAAAAAGUUUCCCUGCUUAUGUUCUUCUGUGCUUUCCACCAGGAUAGAAAUAGAGAAACCAUUUUCUUGUUUUGGACUACCCAACACAAGACUCCUGUUCCUGCCUUCUGGUCCCUGGCCACCCUUGGGGCGCUGUCGCCCCCGUGCAGCGAGCAGACAGAACUGGUCAGGCGCUGUCCUGAGCACACAGGCACCGGUGUCCUUACAGCAGCACAGGAGAGCGCUACAUCAGUUGUACUAUAAAGAGCAGAGGAGCUGGAACACAAUCUCCUCCUCCUUCCCUGCACUGUUUCACCGACAGCCUUGCUCACAGCUGGAGGAAGACAGCCUCACCAGCAGCCUGAGCAGAAGCUGGGAGAAGGGAAGUCUUGUGCUCUUUGCUCUGCUCACAGUAACACCCUGUGUUCACAUUGCCUCCAGAAGAGUAUGACAUCUGACCACUUCUUCUUUCAAGUUUGCUUUAAUCAAGAAGUUGCUAAGAACAGAACACUGGGAAGGAUGAGGGGGUUGCAAUGAUCACAUACUGAAUGGGAGUCAACAAUAUACUUCUGGGGAAAACCAACACAAAGGAAACAUAUCGCACUGGGAAGUCUCAGCAGGCUGUUAUUAACAUCCUGCAGCGAGUCAUCACUUCAGCCUAAACUUUUUGUGGAUGAAAUAAGUGGUACAUGAAACUGGAUGAAAUUAAGUUCUACAUCUAUUCAUUUGGGACCCUGAUGAAUUAUACAUGCUGAGAAGUAGAAGAUGAUGAAUUCCACAAACAAUGCAACUGAACAGUGUAUUAUUGACCAUAAUAUCCACCAGACAUUAUCCCCUGUGGUAUACAUAUUUGUAUUUAUAAUAGGCUUGCCAGCUAACUGUCUGUCGCUGUACUAUGGGUACUUACAGAUCAAGGCUAAAAAUGAAUUGGGUAUCUACCUUUGCAAUUUGACUGUAGCAGACCUCUUUUACAUAUUUUCUUUGCCUUUCUGGAUCCAGUAUGUUUUACAGCAUGACAACUGGACCUACGAUGAACUGCUGUGCAAAAUCUGUGGCAUCCUCUUGUAUGAGAAUAUCUAUAUCAGCGUGGGCUUCCUCUGCUGCAUCUCCAUCGACCGCUACCUAGCAGUCGUGCACCCUUUCCGGUUUCAUCAGUUUCGGACAAUGAAGGCUGCUAUGAUUGUGAGUGCUGUUAUCUGGACCAAAGAAAUAAUGACCUGCUGGCUUGUCUUUACACAUGGGGAGAUCAGUAUGGAUGCCGAGAGCCACGUGGUGUGCUUUGAGCACUACCCCAUCAAGGACUGGGAGCACAACAUCAAUUACUAUCGCUUCUCUGCUGGCUUCCUUUUCCCCUUCUUUCUGCUGGCCUUCUCUUACUGUGGGAUUUUAAGAGUUGUCCACAAGAGUCAUGGCACUCAAAAGAAGAAGAAAAUCCAAAUUAAACGUCUAGUUUCAAGCACUGUCUUCAUUUUUUUAGUGUGCUUUGGACCGUACCAUAUCCUACUUGUAAUUCGCAGUGUGUUUGAGAACAACUGCUCAUUUGCUGACAAAAUAUUUAAUAUUUACCAUGCUUCUCUCCUGUUGACUACUUUUAACUGUGUUGCUGACCCAGUAUUGUACUGUUUUUCCAGUGAAAGCACUUACCAUAACUUUGCCAAGAUGCGAGACUCUUGUUUAACAUGUUUAGGAUGUCUAAAGACUGAGAUGAAAGAAUCCUACCAGCUGAGUGCUCCAGAAACUCCCAACAGGCCACAACAUGAGCAACAGCCAGGGUUAUUACAAAAAUCACGUGAUACUGAAAUAAUGGAAGACUCUUCGAUUAACACGGGCUAUUUAUAGCAUUCAUCAAAAAGGACACUUGUGUAAAAUCUCCAUGUAUGACUGUAUGUAUCCAUCUGAUUUAUCCGUGUAUUAAACUGUUUUACCUCCCAAAGGCGUAUUAGCAAUGCAAUACAGUGAGGUGCCCUUAGCUACAAUCAUGUCUAUUGUCACUAUGGUACCACUCAAAACCAGCCCACUGGCAUUGACUGAAAUAAGCUAGUACUCAUGGUGUGGUUCUUUAACUGCUGUCUCUUUGCAGGAUCUGGAGAAAAAAAAAUCUCAACAAUCUGUUGAAAAGGUUGGAGACAGAACAAAUGUGCCCAUAAGUACUUCUGAAAGGAAACUAUGGAUGCAUUUCUGCAACAUAUUAUGUACUUCUCUGAAUUAACUCCUUCUCCAGCUAGUUGAAAGGUGUGCAGAGACCUUGCAAGAGCCAACUUGCUAAAACAACUCAUCAAAUAAUGUGAGAUGUUCUGGGACAACAGGCACAAGAAAUUCAGCAUCUGCUGAGACCUUCAGUGUGUGGAUUGAAUGUUGAAACUCGUCAUAAGGCUUCUAUUGACUUCCAGAGGUAUGAGAUCUCUUGGCUCUGAUUGGGAUAAAUAAUUCAGUUUGUUGACCUGGAAAAGAACAGGAGGUCUGCAGUACGUGCGGUGCAUUUAACCCGUGCAUUUCUCUGAAUGAUUGUCUUCAAACGUGAAUUUAAUUGCAACUAAGUUCUACUGAAUCUUGUUAAGAUUUGGACUGUGUCCUUCCAAAUCUGUGUAUCUUGUGCAGCACAGACCAUGCAGGUAAAUAAUAGUGGAUUUGUCAGUGAAACUCCUGAAUGGAUUCUGCUCAAACUCUGUUUUCACUAAUAGAUAUUAGAGCUUAGGCUUUCGUCAUUGUUCAGUAAAUACAGUAUCAGAAAUAUGAUGUGUGAAUGAUCCAUAAUAUGUUCUGGUUUAGACAGAAACAAAAUAUAGGAAUAGCUGGAGACAAGCAUAGUUAAAGAUGAGGUCAUUGUGCUCUAUAACAUUGUUUCUACAACCAAGUCCUCUCUAGUUUUUAGUUGGUGGUGUAUUCUUAUAUAUACUUUCUACUAAUGAAUCCCAUUUUUUUGUUAUCUCAUCAUAAUUUCUCGUAUCUGUAACUGUUACACCAUGGAUAUUACCUCAUUCUUUCACUUAUUCUAUAAUUUCAAGCAUUUCUGGAAACACCUCUCUGUCUCUGCAACCAGGAGUUGAUAACAAGCAGCAGUAAUUUUUUUUUGUUUCUUUUUAAUGUGAAAAGAUUGUCUAGACAGACCUUCUGUACCUGGUAUCUCAAAUAUGUCGCUGUACACAGCCUCGCUUGUCUGUGUUUCUUAAAAGGCAGCAUGUUCUAAGAGUUUUCUGGAAACCACCCUGAGAGUGCAGUAUUAAAGUAAAUAGGCGAUGUGUUUAAUAAAUAAUGUUUUUUAUUAUUUUCUUUUUAUAUUUGUUCAUUUUGAGUUUGAAAUAACUAUCUUAUGGCUUUGGCUCACAAGAUUCUUUUUGUUAGACUACAGAUCCUCUCCUCUGCUUUUGCAGAAAGGAUUCAUGUCCCCACUCUAAGGAGGGGAUUAGGUUUGCUUAGGUUAACAUUUGCUUUGUUUAAUUCUUUUACAUUUCUUUAUACUUAGACCACUCACCAUGCUGGAUUAAUUACCUUAUUACAUGCAUUUUUCUUCCGACUAUCAGUGCUGUUUAGCUUUACUUUCUGUUAGUCUUUCCUCCAGUCUCUCCAGUCUGCCUGUAUCAGCUGGGUUGGAAGGCAGGGACUGCCGACUGCCAUAAUCCAUCCGUGUACGUUGUUAAAAACACAGCCAACUACUCAAGCUCCCACGACCUGACGUUCUGCAAGACACACACAUGGUUUGUUCUAAGAUGAAACAUUUGUUGCCCUGUUUACGCUUUACUUCUUUAUAGUCACCCAUGUUGUUUAAAUUAGCUGGGGUGCAGAGCAUGCCAUAUUACAUGCAAUUGCCAUCUGACAGAUUAAGACUUACUUCUGUUGGUGCUUUGUUGUGGUCAGCUUUUGGUCAGCUGCUGCAGUUUAAAUCAGAUGGAAACUUGUGUAACGGUCCUGCUGCAGUUAUCAUCAUCUAGCCUGCUAGCCAGGCGGGGAGGGAAAGGUUGCUCCUCCCUCCCACCCCAGCACGAAGUCAGGAUUUCAUCAACUCUUUCUACAUUGCAAUGGGUGGGUUUAGGCUGCAGAACUGCGACCACUAUGGGAGGAAAGUAAACCUCAGAGCUUUUCUAUUUCAUCCUGAACAUAAUCAAGGAUUGCUAGAGAUAUAUUACAUAUUGGCAUUGGGUUAAAUACGGGGCUUGGGACUGCACAGGAGAAGGGAUUUUAAAAAUGCACGUUAGAGAAAAAGACUAAUUUGAGAAAAUUAUUGUUUUGACCAAACAAAAUCUGACAGUUAAAACUUGUAUUUUGGAAAGAAAAGUACAAAAGUUUAUUAAAUCAAGUUCAUUUGAUGAAAGUCAGUGUUUGGAAAGAAUAACAUACAUCUGUUAGUGUAACAGGUCACUAAGCAUGUAGCCUGCAGAGAAAGAAAUCACCUGACUCUUCUGACUCUUUAUCUGAACAGGUAUCUUCAAAUUAUAUCAACUUCACUUUGUGGCUUCUGUGCACCAGUGAAUGUAUGCCAUCCUAUGGGGUUACUGGCUUGGGCAAAAAA